GCUUCGUUUUUUCAGUGCUAUACGCUAGAGGUUGUUUCCCACAGAGCUGAACCUGUGCGCAGCCGAGUAGGAGGAGCAAUCAGCGAUGAGCUUGACGCUGAUUCAAGGCUAUUCCUCUGCGGAAGAAGAAGAAGCAGAAGAGAGAACUGUGGAGGACUAUGAGAACUCCGACGAAGAUUACGGCGACGAUCCCUCCGCCGUCCGGAGGUACGGAUCGUCUUCGGUCUUCGCUGCUUCCGCGACCCUCCCCGCCGGAGAUUCGUCCCUUCCUUCCGCUGACGAUGUUUUCUCUCAGGUAUCAGGACCACCGGCCUUUCUAAACAAUUGUACGGAUGCUGAUGAAGAGGCUUCAGCAAGAGACGCGGAACAUGCAAAGCGUCUUGGCCGCAAGAAGAAGAAGAAGGAUAUACCUAAAGGUGCUGUUAUGGAGGCCAAACCUCAGCUAGUUGGAAUCCAUGAAAGAGUCAGAAGCGAUAUAGAUGGCAAGCCACCGUUGCAAAGCGGUGAAAAAAGAGCACAUACUGCUACCAAUCCAAAUCUUGAAGAGGCUGCAGACCUGUUGAGGUACAUAUGUCAAUUCUAUCCAUAUUAUUGUUAGGAUACAAGUGCGGUCCUUAGUUCGAAAAAGCGCGCCUGGGGCGCGCCUAGGCGGUGGAUGCGCAGAUGCGAACCCAAAAUUGCAUCCUGAACCCUAGGCGAUGCGAUUUGCAGGAGGCGGCCAGAGGCGCGCCUCCGGCGUGCAUCGGCCGGAGGCGGAGGCGUGCGCCUCUGGUAGUAAGGCGGUUAAUGUAAAAAACUAGGUUUAGGUAGAAGACGAAGAGAGCAGAAGCGAGGGAAAGUGGGUGAGUGGGAGAGAGAGAUGGAUGAUAGGCACGUGGGUGUGUGAAUAAAAAAUAGGUCUAGCCAGACAUCUCACGAGGUGAG